CGUGCAGUGGAGGAGCUGCUGAAGGAGACCAAUAGGGCUCGCUUGCGAGCAGAAACCAUGGGUCCAGCAGGCUGGUGAGUGGGAUACGUUAAAAAAUUUUUAAAUUUAGCAGACGCUCAGAGUUACCAAAGGAUCUGGUAAACAAUCUGUUAUGGGUGUUUGGCUUUCAAUGCAGAAUGUACUUGACACAUGGCAAGGUGUGAAAGACCAAGACAGACACAUAUCAAAGAUAAUGGCUCAUAUUGAAAGCCUUGCUGGCUUUGAAAUGUUCAUUUUGGUUCAACUGUCUUCCAGGAUUAAAUGUCCACUGCGCAGCACCAACAAACGUUUCCUGCUCAACACUCUGCGCACCACCAUCCCACAGCGCCGCCCUGCUGGCCGCUCAGGAGAACAGACAUCAGAGUGUAGGCGGCGCAGCAGGACCCCAUCCACAGACCACAGAGACAAUCACAGACGACAAGGGGACGAAGACAGUCAUAGGGACAGCAGAGAACAUAGUCUUAAAAAUGGACACAAACAAGACAAAGACAGCAACACGGGCCACAGAGACGGCUACAAAGACAGAGGGGUCAGAGACAAUGACAGAUACAGUCAUAGAGACAAGAAACACCGGGAUAAAAGUGUCCCUGGUCACAAAACACACAGUCCCCAUUCUAAAGAACACCCCCCAUCUGAAGUCCCUUCCUCUUGUAGAGACCGCUCUCUCCACCGAUAGUAGCUCCUCCUCGUCAAACCACGCCCACUCCAUAGGCCACACCUUCUAUCAAUCGAACCAGCACACUCACGCGCACCCGUCAAGGACACACCCAGUGGGAGGAGCCACAUGUGACAUCAUAACCUUGUAG